AGACUGGGACUCUCGACUCAAAUCCCAAGCGUCUCCUCCCGUGCAGGAUAUUUUGGAGGGAAAUUCAUCCCCGGGUUUGCACAUGGUUCCCCUGAGUCAACAUAUCCGUUAGCGGGAGUCAGACAUCGGUCGUGUGCGGUGCGGUUUGCUCCUCAACAGUCACGGGAAACUCCUGCCUGCUGGAGAAGCCCCAAGGAAGUUGGGAACGGGAGAGAGCCCGCACUGCCCUGGAGCCUGCAGCCCUCCUGAGCGAGGCGCACGUCUGAGCACGCUACAAAUGUGCCUCGGCGGGGAGGGGAGCAGCCCUGGGCGCUUCACGGGUGUCAGCAAGGUUGCCCUCAUCGCUCACCCGCUGCCAGGAGCAGACUGUGCCCGGAGAGUGGAUUCGGCCACAGCCCGAACGCCUUCAGGAGGAACUCUAACCUGGACCUGACUGAGACAGCCCUGGGGGACAGCCACCCUGACUUAUGCAAAGGAUGUGAGAGCGCUCUCGUGGAUCGCUCCCCACUUAGGGGACAUGUCGAGAUCCCACGCUGGAAAUCAGCCCUUGUCAGGGUGUGGAAAAGCCUUCAGAGCUGGCUGGCGCGUCCCAGUGCACCAGGGUACACACAUCGGGCCCCCUGGCCCCCCAUUUUGGCCCUGACUUCCUGCCUCCCCAAACUAUAGGAAUUUCCAAGGUUUGAGUCCCCAGACUUUUGGGGAUUUCAAAGGUUAGGGUUCAGGUUUGGAUAGAGGGACAUACAGAGCCCAGUCUCCCCACCCCUACCCCCAUCCCCACCUCCACCCCCACCCCCACCCAAGUCUGGGCCAGUUUGUGCCAGAGUCAGUGAGAUCUCUGGGCUCCCUCAGUCUGAGCCCCUCCACCUCUGUCAUGGCUGGUGUCAGUCUCACAGCGUCAGAGACGCUGGCUCAGUGGAGGGGGUGGUGUGGCCUGGAUGGUAGAAACCUGCUUCAUUCCUUUGCUCUGAGAGUGCAGAGCCUCAACCCUGCACAGCCUGGUGUGGGCUGCAGGGCAGCGGAAACCCUCAGCCCUGCACGGCUCGCAUCAGACCCCAGAGCAGCUGAGACCACCCCCCCUUCCCUGCCCAGGUCCUCCUCACUGUUGGUUCACGUUUUUGUUUAGGUGGAGAAUGUCCUCCAGUAGCUGCUUGGGAAAGGGCAUGUUGCUUUUGAGGCCCUGAAAAUAUGUGAAAAUAUCUUACUGGAGCUGCCGGCUUGCAGGGGCCUCAUCUGGCAGGAUCAUUGUGGUAACCCCAUGCAGAACAUUCUGUGCAUCGUUACAGAGCCCUGGACUACUGCUUGUGCAGUGAAGGAAUGAACACGGGUACCCCAGGCCUUCACCCCCCACCAUGAGCAGAUGGACCCUGUGAGGGAGGGAGCGAGGAUGGCCCACAUCUGUCCUCUCCAGUUUCUGUGGGCUCUUUCCUCUUAGUACGGGGUUCCAGCACCUUCCGCAGAGCUCCACCUUCAGCUCAGAAGCGAGCACCGAGUGUGGGAGAGGAGGGGCUUCUGCUGCAUUGAGCCCCAGGAAGCAGGCGGUCGCAGAACGUUCUGAGCGGGCAGAGGAGGGCCACUCGGACACGCACGUGCAGAAGUUGAGUGGUUCGUCAUGAAGACACGUAGCCCGUAAGUGGGGCGGAAGGCGGCCGCGCAGAUUCAGAGGGUGGCUGUGCCGGUGCCUGCACUGAGUCUCCCUGAGCUGAGGAUGGCUGGGGAUUCUGCUCUGCUUGCCCAGGACCCCGCCUGGCUCCGGAAGGAGAACACAGAGGGGGAGUCUGUGGCUCCUGGGAUGCUGCUCAGCUGUCCGCAGGAACCAGUCACCUUCGAGGAUGUGGCUGUGUUGUUCACUCCGGAAGAAUGGAUGUUUCUAGACUCUGCCCAGAGAAGCCUGUACAGAGAUGUGAUGCUGGAGAACUAUAGAAACCUGGCCUCUGUGGCAGGAGACCAGCUCGGCAAAUUCAGUUCGUUUUCCCAUUUGGAGCAAGGAGAAGAGUGGUGGCCGACGGAGAGAAGAGUCUUCCCGGGAAGCUGUCCAGAACCUUCGCUUCCACCCCAAGGUUCAAUUCCUAACCAAGAUAUUUUUGCAGAGAUUUCUGUUGGCAUGGAAAGGGGGCGGCCUCAGACGGGAGAAAACCUCUAUGAACGUAGUGAACUCGGAAAACCCUUGCCCGGCGUCCGACCGCUUUUUCAGUACCAGAGCAUUCGUGCUGGAGGCGACCCCUGCGAAUGCCCACAGAGCGGAAGAUCCUUCUUCCAGCCCGCUCGGCUCCUCGCGCCUGAGAAGAUCCGCCGUGGGGACAGAACCUUCGCGUGUCGCCAGUGUGAGAAGUCCUUCAGAUACAGCUCCGACCUGAUCAGGCACGAGAAGACCCACACCGCGGAGAAGUGCUUUGAGUGUCAGGAGUGUCGGCAGACCUUCAAGUACUCCUCGAAUCUGCGGCGUCACCUGAGGACUCACACCGGAGAGAAGCCCUUCGAAUGUGCCCAGUGUGGGAAAACCUUCACCAGGAACUUCAACCUGAUUUUGCACCAGAGAAACCACACGGGCGAGAAGCCCUACGCAUGUAAGGACUGUGGGAAGGCCUUCAACCAGCCGUCCUCCCUGCGGAGCCACGUGAGGACUCACACCGGCGAGAAGCCCUUCGGGUGCAGUCAGUGUGGGAAAGCCUUCAGGGAGCACUCGUCGCUGAAGACGCACCUGCGAACGCACACCCGGGAGAAGCCGUACGAAUGCAGCCAGUGCGGGAAGCCCUUCCGGACGAGCACGCACCUGAACGUGCACAAGAGGAUACACACCGGGGAGAAGCUGUACGAGUGCGCCACGUGCGGCCAGGUGCUGAGUCGCCUCUCGACCCUCAAGAGUCACAUGCGAACCCACACCGGAGAGAAGCCCUACGUGUGCCAGGAGUGCGGGCGCGCCUUCAGUGAACCUUCGUCCCUCCGGAAACACGCGAGGACCCACACGGGCAAGAAGCCCUACGCGUGUCAGGAGUGCGGGCGCGCCUUUGGUCAGUCUUCACACCUUAUCGUGCACGUGAGGACCCACACCGCAGGGAGGCCCUACGCGUGCAGUCAGUGUGAGAAGGCCUUCAGGCACAGCUCUUCGCUCGCCGUGCAUAAAAGGGUUCAUGCCGGGAGAGAAAGCGCUACGAGCGGUGGCCUGCCUCUAUCAGUGUCCCAGCCGUAUGUCGGGCCCCUUGCUGAUUAAUGUUCGACUUUUAUUUUUUUAAUUUAAUUUUUUAAUUAUCUGAGAGAGAGAGAGAGAGAGAGAGAGAGAGAGAGAAUGCACGUGCAUG